CAUCUUGUCAUCAAAACAAAAUAAUGUCUGUCACAGAAAAGGAAAAACAAAUACCAUCUGAAGAACAAGUGGUUGAAGCAUCUCGAAUCAAAUUGAAUGAGCUACCUACUUUAGGUAUAGCAAAAUUACUAGCACAAUUGCAAACGGAAAAUCAAUGGUCUCUGAGCGAAAAGAGAUUAAAAACAAUAUUAGUCAAAGCUAAUUUACGUCAAUCAAAACCUUCAACGAACGGAAAACAGGACGACGUACCUUCACAUGUACCCUUAUCCCAUUUGGACGCAUCUCUAAACAUUUCAGAUGGAAUCAAAGCCGUUUAUUUUGAUCGUAUAAAAGGUAAAGGAUUGAUUGCCGAUCGAGAUUUCAAGGAAGGACAAACGAUCUUCAACGAAGAUGCUUUCGUUGCUUCUGCUCCUUCACAAGCUAUGCGUCAAGUGGAACAAGGCGAAUUAUGUGCAAGUUGUUUCGCUCCUUUGGCCGGUUCAUUGGUCGUUCGAUGCGGUCAAAAAGAUUGCGAAUCACGCUUUUGCACAAGACUAUGCCAAAUUAGAGCACAAUCUGCACAUCAUGCCAUCCUUUGUCCAGGUCUAAACCCCUCCAUAAAGCCUUUCAAUAAGUUUUUAUCAAUACAAAAAUGGCUUUCGCUUGCAAUUGUCUCAAAAACGUUGGCAAAGAUCUUAUUGACACACUCCAAUCACGCUCCGGCCAGUUUAAAUACGUCACAAAACAACAAACGAACAGAGGAACAACCCAAAUCGUCGCUUGAAGAGAUGAUGUCUCACUUUGAUGCCUUCGCUACCGUUUCGGAAUUGGAACGAAGAGCACGUAAUCCUGGAUGGGAGGUGGAACGAUCAGCGUUUUUGACCAGUAUGCAAGAAGCGCAUUCGUUGUUGUGCAAAGGAUUGGAUCCACGAAUAGAAAGGAAAAAGUGGCCGCUAUGGAGAGAUUUUCCAGUGGAUGUUGCGGAAAGGUUGUUUACUUGGGACAACUUUGUCUUGCUGUUAGGCCGUGCGAAUAUCAAUACCGAAGCACAAGGAGGAAUGUAUCUCGUCCAUAGUCAUUUAAAUCAUUCUUGUUUACCAAAUGUAUCCAUUCGUCAUCCGCCCUCAAGACAUGGAGUACGUCAAGCAACAAAGAUCACAGCUUUGGCCAAAAAGGAUAUCAGAAAAGGAGAUGAGUUAGUGAUCACGUAUCAAGAUCCAUCAUUGGAAUUAUCAAGAAGGAGGAUGUUACUUUGGCGAGAAUAUAUGUUUGGUCCGUGUGAAUGUCAAAGAUGUUUGGAUGAAUUGAACGGUAUGGAUGAAGAAGAAAAGAAAGAGAUGGAAAGUGGAUCAUGGAAAGUGGACGUGAAUGAAGAACAAGAGAUCCAAAAGCGAAAAGAGCAUGCGGAUAUGCUAAAUCAAUUGGAAAAAGAAAGAAAAGACAAAUUACGAUCAGAAGGGAAAGAUGUUGAAGAUGAGAAAGAUAUGAAAGGUAUAGAAGAGGAAUUACGUACCCAUUUAGGUUUUUGAGAGGAGAAGAAGAUUGGACGCAUUCAUAGUCACAACAUGUACACCACCACAUAUACCUUUUCGGCGCCGAAGAUUGUUUUUUAAUCAAAAUCAGAAUAGAAAUCAAUUGAUCAUUUCUAUUAAAUCUUACGUCCGUGCGCUGCAUGACAUGACGGCAAUUCAAUUAUUCCC